UUUCCAGGCGAUUCGCACUGCUCGGCAAGCAUGCGGCUCUCAGAGUGCUCCAAGUUUGUUCUGGAGUUAAUCACAGGGCGGAGGUUGAAAGCUCUAGCACUUUAAAUCACAGACUUUGUUUUUUUUUUUUUUUUUUUUUUUCGGAAUGUGACCCUCUUUUCGCUCUGCUUCUUCCUGACACAUCGACGUUCCGCUGGCAGGACUCACGCCCGGGGAUCAGUGCACCUCCGCUGGUUUCCCCCCUCCCCGCUUCCGGGUCUUCAAUUUUUGCCAGUGUUGUUGCAGCUGAAUCAGCCGAUCAGAACCACGGCGGCAUGCGUGUCCCUCACAACAAUAAGCUGGAGCUGCGGGAGAUAGUGUUUGUCGUCCAGAGUCAAAGGAACUCCUUCCACGUGAGGCAGGCGGAAGAGCGGAGAGCAGAUUUGCUGAAGCAGGUGCAUGGUCUGACAGAGAAGCCGCCUGCGGUGUUGCUUCUUCACACUUUGUCAGACAACGAGGGUGAUUGGAGCAUUCUUCCUCUUCUGCCUUAUUUGUCCCGCUCUUUUGGGAAAAACUCAUCCUGGAUUGUAUUUCUUGAGGAGGAAACAAAUGUGAAGAUGGUUACUCUUCUUCAAGUCCUGGCAAGAUUUUCCAAAAAUAAGGAGUGGUUUCUCGGCAAGCCUCUGCAUGAUGAGGAGUCGACCAUCAUUCAUCACUACGCCUUUGCAGAAAAUCCCUCAAUCUUUAAAUAUCCAGACUUUGCUGCUGCUUGGGCCUUAAGCAUGCCGCUAGUUGUUCGGCUUGCCAACAAAGUGAGAGAUGAGCCACUGAAAUCUGACUUCACUAUUGACCUAAAACAUGAGAUUGCUUUGUACAUCUGGGAUGGUGGGAACGGCCCCCAUCUCACUGCUGUCCCUGAAUUGUGCACGGAGCCAGAGGGCUCUCCUAAUGCUCAGUAUUGUGCAACCACUCUAAGAAAAGAGCCUCCACUGUGUGAGGAGCCUGUUAAAAAAGAAGACAUAUUUGUUGCAGUGAAAACCUGCAGAAAGUUUCACAGUGAACGAGUUCCAGUAAUAAAGAAGACUUGGGAAAAGGAUGCCUUAUUUUUAGAGUACUACAGCGACCACGCCGAGCCUUCCAUACCAACCAUUAAUUUAGGAGUGCCAAACACUGAGAGAGGUCAUUGUGGGAAAACAUUUGCAAUCCUUCAGCGAUUCCUGAGCAGCGCUGUGCCCGACACCAAGUGGCUUGUUAUUGUGGAUGAUGACACACUCAUCAGCCUCCCCCGACUACGAGUCCUGCUGAGCUGCUACGAGCGCUCCGCGCCGGUGUGCCUCGGAGAGAGAUACGGCUAUGGACUGAGCCAAGGUGGCUACAGUUACAUCACAGGAGGUGGAGGCAUGGUGUUCAGCAGGGAGGCUGUGGUCCGACUUCUUAACAGCGGCUGCAAGUGCUACAGCAACGAUGCGCCUGAUGACAUGGUGCUGGGAAUGUGCCUCAAUGCUCUCGGGCUUCCCAUCACACACAGUCCACUAUUUCACCAGGCACGCCCAGAGGACUACUCCAAGGACCUCUUAGCUCACCAGGUGCCUAUAUCCUUCCAUAAACACUGGAACAUAGACCCUGUUGCUGUUUUCAAUAAGUGGCUGAGGGAUGACUGGAGAACAAAUACCUCAGAUGAACAUAAUGAGAAGAGUAAAACAGAGUUAUGAUAAAAAAAAACCUUCUAAUCUCUUAAAACAUGUAUGUAUAGAAUGUGUUUGUAUUAUUAAAGGGUACCAGUUCACAGAUGUAAAUGUUUUUUCUAUUGUUACUGUGAAUUAUUAUUAUUAUUAUUAUUAUUAUUAUUAUUAUUAUUAAGAAAAAACAUGUAAGUGUGAGUGCGUGUUUGUGUGUGUGCGGCAUCAGGACUGGGAUGGCAUGUUGAGGUUAUAUUUCAUUUAUAAAUGUCUGUAUAUAAACACAUCUCACUGCUCAUACUUUUUUGUUCUCCACAAGAUGCUGUAUCUUAAAAAGAUCUUCAAAAUAAUCAAUGAUGCUGUACAAUGUCUUCUAUUUUGACAUAAAAGUAUUCAUAUUUUAA